UUUAAGAAAGUGGGACGUAAAUAUGAAGAAAGCCCCUAUUUGGAAUCUCUCAUAGAAAAUGAUGACCACCUUCAAAGUAUGAUCCAGGACGUCAAGGAAUCUCUCCAUUUUGCCUUUGAUGCAGCAAAAGUGUACUCGCACACAUUUGAGCGUUUUCGGCUGUUCUAUAAAGAGAAUGAGAGUCUGGAUCUGGAAUCAAUGCGCCAACAGGAUCAUGGUUUAUCCUUUUUUGAAAAAGCACGGGAUUCCUACCAUAGGGAGCAUAAGGAAGCCUUAGCCAUCCAACAGAAGAGACAUCUGGGCUUACUGCUUGUGGAUAACACGGAGCUCAAAGAGAAGCUUGUGUCUUCCCCGCUCCGCUGUCUGGAGGUCAUCAGUGAGAUGUUUACCAAGCUCGCGAAGAAGAAGGCAGAGACUGCCUUUGCUGAGGCUCGUGAAGCUGAGUUUAAACUAGAGUGCAGUCCCUCCACCACAGCUGAGUUAGACAACUACCUCACAUUUCUGGAUGAGAUAAAGGAGAGGAUUACGGUGCUUGAGGGGGAGCAGGAGACAAUACGUCAGAUGAUUGACAGGUACUCGGUUCCUUUUCCAGUUGAGGAUCUGAUUAUUUUCGGCACCUUGAAAAUCACCCUUAGCUCAUUGCACAGCCUCAUUGAUGAGGCAGUGGAAGAGAGGCAGUCCACCAUCGACAAGCUGUGCAGCUCACUGCAAAAGAAUGCAAUAAAAUGACUUUAGAAAUAAACAACACCUGCUACAAUGGCAAAUUCUUCAAAGACAGAGUUAGGGACCACAGCACACUGGUUCCCACUUGUCUGCAUGUUUUAGGCAAUUCUGCUUGUUUUCAGAGUUUGUGACAAUAUCUUAUUUUUUUGAAUUUGACAAAAAUUGAGGUUUUGGUAUGUGGCCAAAACUAGAAAUUUCUUACGCAGUUUGCAGCACCAAUAGUUUUUGUUUUUCUCUUUCUUUCUUCUCUCUACUGACAGCAUUUCAAAUUUCAAAACAGAGCUACUUGUUAGAAGAGCGAGAGACAAAUACGUCUUUGAUCGCGUUUUAUUUGAUCCAUGAACUACACAUAGGCUCAAAUUUAAUUGUCAGAUAGCAAUACAGCUAGUGGGACAAAUAAGUUUAUGUAAUAAAAACA